GCGCAUCGUCAGAUAAAAGCGUUUGCUAGAUAGUGAGCAUGCGUACCAUAUCUGAAGUUGAUAGAUUGAAAUUGAACAUGCGUAAUUAACUUUUGGAAUAGGGGAAAAAUAUAUAUACAACAGAACGCCUCGUUUGUGGGACAUGCGCAUUCGUUCUCAGCUUUUUUUUUUUUUUUUAGUUUUGAAAGUGAGCAUGCGCAUAUUGAGAAGGCGGGUCUUUGGAAGUUUGAAAGCGGCAGAAGCGGCUAGUCGGAGGCUGUCGGUUCUUCACUUUUUUGAGGAAAUAGUCCUACAUUGUGGCUCAGCAUGUCAAUAGUGACGGUGCAGCUUGGUCAGUGUGGCAAUCAGAUUGGUUUUGAAGUGUUUGAUACAUUAUUUAGUGACUCACACAGUUCCCAGGGUCUCUGCUCUAAGAGAGAGAAUGAGGCUUAUCGAGCAUCUUGCAAAGAAAGAUUCUUCAGUGAGGAGGAAAACGGAGUUCCUAUUGCCCGGGCUGUACUUGUUGACAUGGAGCCUAAAGUUAUCAAUCAAACACUGUCAAAGGCUGCCCGGUCUGGCCGAUGGAAAUAUGGCCAGCAUGCAUACUUCUGUCAAAAACAAGGUUCUGGAAACAACUGGGCAUAUGGGUACUCUGUCCAUGGACCCAAGCAUAAAGAAUCUAUAUUGGACCUAAUCCAGAAGGAAGUAGAGAAGUGUGACUCUUUGAGUGGUUUUUUUAUCAUAAUGAGUAUGGCUGGGGGCACAGGAUCCGGGAUAGGAGCCUUUGUGACACAGAAUUUACAAGAUCAGUACUCAAACUCUUUGAAGAUGAAUCAGAUUAUAUGGCCUUAUCGAACUGGUGAGGUUAUUGUUCAGAACUACAACUCCAUUUUGACUCUUUCUCACUUGUACCGAUCUUCAGAUGCCCUGCUUGUUCACGAGAAUGAUGCUGUCCAUAAAAUAUGUGCGAAACUGAUGAAGAUCAGGCAGAUCUCCUUCAGUGAUAUGAACCAAGUCCUCGCACAUCAGCUGGGAAGUGUGUUCCAGCCUACUUACUCUGCAGAAGGCUCACCUCACUACAGAAGAAAUCCACUGGGAGACUUAAUGGAGAAUUUAGUUCCUCAUCCUGAAUUCAAGAUGCUGAGUGUCCGUAACAUUCCUCAGAUGUCUGAGAAUUCACUGGCAUAUAGCACGUUUACUUGGGCUGGCCUCCUCAAGCAUUUGAGACAGAUGCUCAUUUCUCAUGCAAAGAUGGAAGAAGGUAUUGAUUGGCAAGUACGACCUCCCUUAUCAGGGCUUCCUCCUCUUGGUAAAAUGCCUUUCAACAAGGAGCUUCAUUUUAACACUUCCAUUGCUAACUUGGUCAUCCUUCGUGGGAAAGAUGUGCAAAGUGCGGAUCUGGACGGAUUUAAAGACCCAGCUCUCUAUACCUCCUGGUUAAAGCCUGUUGAUGCUUUCAAUGUGUGGAAAACCCAGCGAGCCUUUAGCAAAUAUGAGAAGUCUGCAACCUUGGUCAGCAACAGCCAGUUCUUAGUAAAACCACUAGAUAUGAUUGUGGGCAAAGCAUGGAAUAUGUUUGCUUCAAAAGCCUACAUUCAUCAGUACACAAAAUUUGGAAUUGAAGAGGAGGACUUCUUGGACAGUUUCACAUUGUUAGAGCAGGUUGUUGCCAGUUACUGUAACCUCUGAUCUUAAGCAAAGGAGAAAAGUAUCUUGAAGCAUUUCUGGACUAAAAUAUUUUC